CAAGUUUUUAAGAAGUAGGAUAACCGUCAUUAUGAUGGACUCUUCGGGCUGUCGAUCCGCUUAACUGAUAGUUUAACUGAUUACCAGCUAUUCCAAUCAAGGUAUGAGAUUAGCACUUUUCCAAAUUGCCGAUGCCGACUAGCAAGGUGCCAGCUGAGCUGAUUUCAUCAGCUGCAUUGAUGUUGUCAAUUGCAUUGAUUUUGCCAGUUAUACCAGUUUAAGCCACUCUGACAUUGCUAUCUCAAAAACGGGAUAAAACAAUUAAACCGAUCUACUUGGAAAAAGAGAGAGCAAAUCGCAUUAAAAACGUAAAAACGCACAAUAUGGUAUGACUAUACAGUAUUGCAUAGAUCAACCAUGUAGUUUACUUCUGAAAAAGGAAGGCCAAUGGAGCAAUCUCCGCUGCCACUUCUGUGUCUAUUUUUUUUUUUUGCUCGCCCUUCUGUUUGUCUCUCUCUUUCACUUUCUUUGCUAUUUCUUUAUCAUUUGUAUUCAAGUCAAACUCGCUAUAAUAAAUCAAAUCCAGGUGAAACACGAAGUCAACUGAACGAUGCUGCCAUCACACGUAACCCAUUAGACUUGGACAUCUUGGAAAUCACUUCAAGUCAACUUUGGUAAUAACAACAAUAACAACAGCAAUGAACAAUGUGAGUAGGGGUCAUGAAAGAGGUAUCGUUUGAAAUUAGUGGCGGUAGUUAUAUCAAUCAUCAAUCAUACAUCGUAUUACGAGGAAAAAGGU